AGCGUUUAUGCCUUUUUCCGACACAUCUCGGAUAGAUUAACACGAAGAGGCUCUUCACGCAGCAACAGUGCCGCGCCCACACGCAUCAUCGAAGCAAAGGGAUGGACAACAACGGCAACGGCAACAUGAAUAACAGCGUAGGCGGCUACGUGCCUGCCCAGCAAGGAGGCGAGGGAGGGGCGGGGACGGAUCAGAACUACUACUACUACUACGAAAUGCCAGACGGAUCCAUCGGCUACAUCACGGCCGAUGAAUACAACCAAAUGUACACCCCGUCCGAGCAGCGAGGAGCUGGAGAGGCGGGGCCGCAGCCGGCGGGUUACGUGGAGCCCACGUACGGCCAGGGGACCGCCUACGCGCCGGCACAAGAACAGUACGUCGAUCCGUCGCAGCUGAACGCAAACAACAGCAAUUACUACAACUCCAAUAAUAAUAGUGCUUUGAAUAACAACAAAAAUAGUACCAACAUUUAUUAUAGCGAAGACAGCAGAAAUGCCUACUAUGGGAACGCGUCAACAGCAGCGGCCCCGCAGCGGGCCGCCCCGUGGCAACCCUCUCCACAGCAGCAGCCCGCCUACCCCCAGCAAGUGGUGUACACGAUGCCGCAAGGGGCGCAGCAAGCGAACGGAGAAGCUGCGGAGGCAAUGACGGCCGCGCCGCAACCAGCGCUUCCCCACGAGACCGCAAGCGGCGGAUGGUACGCGCCGCCGCCCACGUUUGCAACGAUGCGGGACUGGAAAGGCGAGCAAAAGUGGUACACCUCGCUGGCCCGCUCGUGCUGCAACGAGCCGUGCUUCUGCCUUGGCGCCUGCCUGGCUCCGUGGUGUGUCGUGGCGGCACACCGAAAGCGCCUCCUCGAGAAGGACUACACAAAGUAUCGCUGCUGCGCCGGUGUGUGUGGCCGAGGGGAUGCGUGCGAGUGCUGCGGUGACUGCCCUCGCUGCAACUUGUUUUGGGAGGUGCUCUUAUGUCUGCCCUGCGCCUGCCAUGCGAAUCGGUAUAUGCUGAUGCAGCGCUACAACUUGAAAAAGUCAUGCUGGGACAGCACCGUCCUCGGGCUCGGCUGCUUCUGCGCGCCGUGUCACUGGUGCGGCGAGUGCACGUGCUGGUUUCCUGAGUCGAUGUGGGACUGGCUGUACGUGGUGCUGUACGCGUGUAUGCUCACGCAGCACCACAGGGAGCUCGACGCACACGAGAAGGCGGGUGUCUGA